AAUCUGGCUUAAAGAGUGAGAGGACAGAGGAAAAGCUUAAAGCUGGACAACUCAACAACUACAUAGUAAAUAUGCCAGUAAAUCCAAAUGCCAAACUUUCAGCUAAUGCUGGUCGACUCGCAAGAUCACAUGCUGAAAAGAUCAAGGACAACAAAGCUGCUGGUACUAUUCUAGAUAUCAGAGUCCUGUCUGAAGCCACUGGUACCAGAGUUGUUAUUCUUUCAGAAAACAAACAAGGAAAACUCACCAAAAUGCAGGAAGUUAGUCCAAGUACCAAAUCUGCUAGUGAAACAGUGACUUUGAUCUACAGGCCAAAAAGCACCCAAAACCCUAAUGGUCAUUAUGAUGUGUUCAUCGACAAUAAGGCAGUGAGCAUAGACAGUAAACAACAGAGUUCUCUGUUCCAUGCUAUGGCAAGAGGCAUGAAACCAAAAGCCAGUGAUUCAGAGAUUGCUUCUGAGGCAAACCGCCUGAGAUCUGUGGAGGCCAAUAUGCUCCUCAAACAAUCAGGGCAAUGGGAACCUUUUAUGAAGCGCAAAGAGUUGACGGAAACAAUCAGAGGAGGAGACUGGUACAUGGCAGAGGCCGGUAGACCAGAAAGAAUUAUAAAGGAAAACAAAACCCUGCUGCAGAAAAUAACUGGAAAGAUUGAACAAUACAAAGGAUAUUUGAAAAAACCAGCAAUUCCAGCAGUAGAAAAAACUGUCAAUGCAAAUCAGCAGCCUUCAAACAGUACCAUAGUGGAAGCUAACAAACUGAACCAGAAGAGCAAAUUGGCAGUGGCAAUGUUGCAAGCGAGAAAAUAUCUGUCUGGCUCAGAUACCAGCAAAACCUCUGGUGUGGAGAAACAAGAAGGCCUGAAGCUGCCAACUGAUCGCAACCUUAAAGAUGUAGUUGAGGAUAUAUCUUCUCCAGAGCCAAAAGCUUUAAAAUCAUGCUUAGCUUCCAUGAUAAGCAAAGAUGAUGUUGUUGGAACCUUUAAACUGAUGACGUUCAGUGCAAUGCUCAGAUGCCAGCUGACUGACACCAAGAAUGUUCAAAACAAGAAGAAGAGCAAAACCCGGGUUGCCAUGUUUGAGAAGAGUUUUCAAGAAAACAGCACCCAGAUGGUGCAGAAAUGGUACAGCCUGCUUCAAGACAAGGGUGUCAUGACAAAUGACCAUCAAACAACAAUCAUACAAUGGAUCAACACCCAGGGCUACAAGGACAGAAAUGAUCCACACAGGAAACAGGUGUCCAGCGUCCUGUCAUGAAGAGUGAAACUCUGGAUGAUGCUGGUUAACGAGAAUCAAAACUACUCAUCACUUCCACCUGCCUGAUCAUCAAAGAGAGACUUCAAUUAGUGACAAUAUUAUACUGUCAAACAAAUUCUACAGACAAAUUUGGGUUAUUUUUAAUUCAGGUCUGUUGCAGAUGUCCCUUUUGUCUGAUUUAAACAAUAGUACAGUUUUUAUCUAUUUUUGACAUUCUGUCAAGUUUCUCUUAGUUUCUCUCUUAGGAAGUUAGAUUAAGAAAAGCAAAACAAUUUGGCUGUAAUAUUACUUGAGCUGAAUAAUUUACUUUUGGACAUUUUCAGAAGUUAAUUGUGAAAUUUCCUUUUUGCCCACUAGAGAUUUGUUUCCAUGGAGUAAAAAGUAAAAAUUCAUUUGAUUUUACUCCUCAAAAUAUUCUCACUUUCAUUGUUUUAUUUUGUUAUGACUUUAUACAAUUGGAUUUUAGCAACUAUUGAAUUUUAACAAAAUCUGAUUGUGAAAAUGGCAAAAAAAAAAAGGAGACAUGAUGUUGAGAUAAAGUAAUUCUUUCCUGAAAUAUUUUACAUUCAAAUCACAUUCAAAAUACAGGAAUGAAUAGAUUCUUUGUUGUAAGUCUUGACUAUAAACAACAGUUACAAAAUUUAGGUAAAUUCAAGUGGCCAUUGCUGAUUAUAAUCUUGAAAAUGGUAAAAAUUAAAAUUUCUUGCUUGAUUCUAUAUGUUUUCUAAUGAUAAAAAUCAUACAGUCACUGGGGAAAAAAGUUAUGUUAGAGACUACAAUAUGUUUUACCUAUGCAACAUGUGUAGCUUUUUUGUGUUUUAUUACAUUUUAGUAAAGUUUUUAGUCAUGUGGGGCUUUUGGUAAAUUUCUUACUUAUUUUUGGGGUGUCAAAUUAACUAGUUGGUGGCAGCGGGUUUUCCAUGUCUAAUAUGCUAAAGUUUCAAUACCCUUCCAAUAAUCCAUUUUGUUUCUUUUUUGUCUAAACAUCUGCUUCAAAUAUUCAGAUUUAUUUUUUGGCCACUUUACAGAAUGUUUUAGGUGUUUUGUUUAUGGUGACGGUAAUAACAUUAAAUCACUGAUUAUAUUUCAGUCUGGUACUAUAAUGGAAAUAUAUUUUCAUUGUUUCAUUAUGAAAUUUUAAAACUUGCUUUUACUCAAUUUAAGAAAACCUUUAGUACAUUUAGGAUAAAC